UUUGUGAGCUGUGAGAAGGUUGAAAGUUUCGAAAUGUUGCGUUGACGGCAAGGAGUUUGUUUGACGAAUUUUUUGUGGAUAUUGCAACUCUUUUUAUCACUCAAGAAGUUGUCGAGGGAAAGGGUGAGUAAGACUUGAAGACAGCAACCCGACCUUGGCUGCGCAGAUCCAUCGAACUUGGCGAUCGCGAUCUGGAAAGUUUAAUUUCUUUGCCGGCUCGGCACUCAAUGGCAAAUCUGAAUUUCCAGAUGCCGACGAUGUCAACGCCACGACGACCGACGACUUCUCAUCAACGCGCCCAGGGUGGAAAAAACUCAUCAACGAACGGAUUUCGGUCAUUUCUACCACCUCUGAACUUCAUAACACUGCACUACGCCUACUUCAUCGGCACAACCCUCCUCGCAUCGGCAAUCUUCUACGCCUCGUCGAAUCCACACGGCAGCAUCAGCUAUGUCGACUCUCUAUUCCUCGUCAUCUCCGCCAUGACGGAAGCCGGACUGAACACGGUCAAUCUCAGCGAGAUGACUGUCUGGCAACAGGUGCUGUUAUGGCUGCUUAUUCUUAUCGGCAGCUCUGUAUGGGUUUCGAUAUGGACAGUUGUGGCGAGGAAACACGUCUUUGAAAAGAGCCUCCGAGAGGUCGCCCGUGCCCGGAAUGAGGGAGAUCAGCAGGGUGGGGGCUUGCCCGUAUUCAGAAACAGUAUUGCUGCGACUCAAGAGAAAACGGGCGCGAGUGGCACUGGCUUGGGUGACUUGGGGGCCUCAUCUCAGGCUCGAGCCGCCGGGAACCACAUCACUAUCGAGACGACCGGAAACAUUACCCGCCGCUCAACACCAUCAACCCUCUCGGGUAAAAAGCCUUCCCGCUCUUGGCUGCCCUUCCUCAGCGCCUCUCAAGAGGCGCGCAACUCCCAGCUCCACUCCCUCACGUGGCCCGAACGCUCCCGUCUAGGAGGCCUCGAAUACCGGGCCCUUCACCUCUUGUCAAUUGUAGUCCCACUGUAUUCAGUGCUCUGGCAAGUACUAGGCUGUCUUGCUCUGGGAGCUUGGAUCGCGAACAAUAUGCCGACCGUCGCGACGUCCAAUGGCGCAAACCCCUGGUGGGCCGGCAUAUUCUUUGCCGUCUCAGCCUUCAACAAUUCAGGCAUGUCGUUGCUGGACGCCAACGUAGUGCCCUUCCAGCAGGCAUAUUUCGUACUUAUCACCAUGGGCCUCCUUAUAUUGGCGGGCAACACGGCUUAUCCGCUGUUUCUGAGGCUCAUCUUCUGGUCAGCGUUAAAGAUACUUCGAGCGUUGACCGCCGAGGGAACAUUAGUGGAGCUGAAGAGCACAUUGGAGUUCAUACUGAAAUACCCGCGUCGAGUCUACACCAAUCUUUUUCCGUCACGGCCGACGUGGUGGCUCUUCUUUAUGGUUAUUAUGACGAAUGGUAUUGACUGGAUGGCGUUCGAGGUUCUCAAUAUCGGCAACCCGGUUAUUGAAGCCAUUCCUACUGGAGCAAGAGUUCUGGACGGCUUGUUCCAAGCUUUUGCUGUUCGCUCUGGAGGCUUCUACGUCAUCCCCAUAGCCUCCGCCUAUCCGGGAUUACAGGUAUUGUACGUUAUUAUGAUGUAUAUCUCCGUGUACCCUGUGGUGAUCACGAUGCGACACUCCAACGUCUACGAAGAGCGGUCUCUAGGAAUCUACCACGACGAUGAAAUUUCUCCAGGCUCUUCUAACUCGGAAGAGAAGAGGUAUCCAGUGGGUAGCAGUAUUCUGACACACUUCCUCCGGGAGAAUCUCAGCUUUGCUGGUGUUGGCGCAGCCAAAACCGAUAAGAGAGGCAACGGGUUUGAAACUCGAAUGGGCUUCGUGAACCAGCAAAUACGGGGACAGCUCGCCCAUGAUUUAUGGCUUCUCGCACUGGCUGUUUUAGUCAUCGUUACUAUAGAGACGUCUCACUUCCUGGAAGAUCCAGUACACUUUUCGGUCUUCAAUGUCAUUUUUGAAGUAGUUUCGGGCUAUGGCUGUGUUGGCAUAUCUGUGGGACUGCCUAAAGAUGCCAUGAGCUUUUCUGGGGGUUGGCAUCCCGGGAGCAAACUGGUCUUGUGUCUUGUGAUGUUGAGAGGGCGCCAUCGAGGUUUGCCUGUGGCGCUAGACAGAGCUGUGCGACUACCUGUACAGAGGCUAUUAGAGGAGGAGGAGGAGGAGGAAGAGGAAGAUUGGAGGUAAGAGGAGCUAGAAGAGGGUGUGAGGUGGAGUGAAUGAUGGCAAAAAAUGGAAACGUCCUACAUUAUACAUGCGUAUACUACUUACCUACGCAGAGGAAUAGGGAAGAAUCGGAGAGACCGUUGAAUGUACUUCUAUCACUAUUCAACUCGGGCGGGCGUACCCAUACAUUUACACUUGCAAGCGAACCUUUGCCAUAGGUCUCAGGAGACUCCAUGAGUCCAUGAUCCUAAGCAUUAGCCUGUACGCUCAGGCACUGACAUAGCCAUAGGUUAGUGUAGUACUUCUAACGGCUUGAUGGACAUAUACGAC